AUGAAUAUCCAAAAUGAGAUUAUACGUAUAUUUUUAAAUCAGAGGGAGUUAACAAUUAAUGAAUCAACCUUAAGCCGUGCAUUAAUUGCACACGGAACAUUUCGUAAUAUCAGCGAUAUUCGCCAAGAAGUAGCACAAUUAGAAUCACUGUUUGAAUUUUGUGAAAAUAAUCACAUUAGAUUACGUCCAAAAAAAUAUAAUCGCAGACGAGAUGGACCUCGUCAUCAUAGUUCCCAUUCAUUAUUACCGCCAGGAACAACUAAAAAGUAUUUAUUAAUUGUUGCUUUGCCGUCAGAAAAGCUGGCACCUGAUAUUGAUCGUGAAUUAGUUGAACUAAUAAUUUCGAAAGAAGUUGAAAGUCCAAGUUCAGUUAAAGAAGAAGAUACUGUGGCGAAUGAACACUUUCGACGUUUCACAAUAGAGUUUGCGGAUGAAAAAUAUUCAGCUCCACGUGCAUCUAGAUACGUCGACAUAUUGGCAAAACAAGCCAUUCUCAAACAUAAUAAUGUUGAAAUCAAAAUGAAACGUACCAUUCAAUUAAUUGAUACAUUUUGUUUUACGUUACAAUGCUUUACUGAUAAAAAAAUUGAUCGAAAUCGAUUAGGAUUAUAUGUGGAUACUCUAGUGGGCAAUGCUAUUGAACAUACAAUAGUGGACAUAACAUACUCUAAUGACAAUAGUCAAAGUCUAGAAAAUGAAACACAAUUUGAAGAAAAAUUUUUAAUUAAUUGUGAAGAAGAAAUAGAUUUUGAAAAUCUACGCAAAGCACAUGAAAUAAGACCAAAAUUACAAAAUAAAAUAUUUCGCCUUGAUCAGAUAUAUGAAUGUGACAAGUUACUAAUUUGGUUCAAUGAUAAAGAAGUGACUGCAGUAGCCUCGAAUGCACCAAAACAAAGGGUGAUGAUGUCAUACAGUUUAUUAAAAAACAUAUUUGCAUCAUUUUGGAUUGAUAUAUUUACAUUUGAAAUAAUGAAUAAUGAAGUGAAUAUGGAACUAAUAAAUUCACAAGCGGUAAAAAAGUGGUUAAAACAAGCAGAUAAAUUUGAGAUGCAGUACAAUAUUCGUAUGAGACCAUUGCUUAUGGAGGAUGAAGAGCAAGACGAUACAUGUUCAAAUUUUUCUGGAUCCGAAUCGAUUCAUUCAGUUCAAUCAAUCAAUCUUGAACAACAGCAUAAAAACGUUCAAAUUAAUUUAAAGCCCGAUUGGGAAAUUAUUUUAUCAAACGUGAUAUUUCAACGUAAAUAUCAAGCAUAUAUAAAAAGUUAUUUAAAUUUCGACAUUAAUAUCAAUGGUUUGAUUGUAACCGGCACUUUACCAAAUAAAUUAUCAGAUAAAAGGAAUCUUCAUCAAGAAUUAUUCAAUAAAACAAACAUUUUCAUGCAAAACUUUGAAUUCAAAGACGUACAAGUUUCAAACGUCCAACAACAAAUGAUUUUAUUACAUGAGAAUGAACAAAAAUAUUUUGCCUAUAAGCAAUUACCUGACACAAAUAUUUAUAGACUAGCAGCUCAACAUGAUAAUAUGGAAAAGAUAUUUUCAAAACUGACACUAGAACAACCUACACAUAUUCAGAACACAAAACAAAAUGAAUCAACUUGUGUAGAGAGAAAAUCGUUCGAGGUUACUAAUAAAAAAGUUGAAUUUCGCCUUAAACCAGAAUGGAAAUUAGUUGUAUCUCAUCCGCAGUUUCAAAUGGAAUACAAAAAAUAUAUAACAAACAGAACGACCGAAACAUCCGGUCCAGAGGCCUAUUUAAAUUAUGAAAUUGAAAUAAAUGACUCAUGUGUACUGAUACAGAAUGAAUCAAUAAAUAUCAACAAGAUGGAAGACAGAACAAAUACUUUUAUGGGAAAAUUUCAAUUUAUUAAAUUAAUUCCACUGACAAGUGAUCAAUUGAAUUUAUUGAAAGAACAUUCUCAAAACGUCGUUUAUGAGAGAAUAUCAAAUGAGAAUGCUUAUAAUAUUGCUACAGUUGAUAAAUCACUAAUUGAUAAAUUAACAUUAGAAGUUAAUGCCAAUAAUUCCAAGAACCAUUCGCCGUCAUUAUCAAAAGGUUUAAUAAAUGGUGAAACUAUUGAAUAUUUUGUUAAAAGUUACGCUCAUUUACAGUUUUUUAACAAUUCACGUUUUGAAGCAGAUUUUAAAGAAUAUUUAAACACGACAUAUAAAGUAAAAAUAAUUAUUCGACGAGAAGAAAGUUCACAAUUACACAAAGAUGGAAGAUCAGCGAUUAUUAUUAAUAUAACAGGACACAGUAAUGAUAUACGAUCUGCCAGAGAUGCGACUGAAACGCUAUUCUCGUCAAUUCAGAGUAAAACCUAUGAAGAAAAAGAUGGUAAGUAA